AUGGGGCCUAAUAGCAAGGAAGCAACAGAGGGCGGCAACUGCGAUGCUGAGGCCCAUCUUGAAGAUUCUACCCUAGUCCAGAAGAACUACCAAUGCCCCGUGUGUGGGAAAAGCUUCCAGCGGAGCCCUAACCUUCUCACUCACCAAAGAAUCCACACUGGGGAGAGGCCUUAUCAGUGUCCACAGUGUGGGAGAUGCUUUAGUCAACAGUCGAGCCUCACUAUCCAUCUGAGAAUCCACACAGGGGAGCUGCCCUAUCCCUGCCCACAGUGUGGGAAGCGUUUCCGCCAGAGUUCAAACCUCCUGAAACAUAAGCAGCUCCAUGCAGGAGUGAGGCCUCACCUGUGUUCGGAAUGUGGGAAAUGUUUCGCUCAGCGCUCCAACCUUCUCAUCCACCAGCGGGUUCAUACUGGGGAAAUGCCUUUCCUGUGUUCUGAAUGCGGGGAGACCUUCAGGCAGCACCGGAGCCUUCUUCUUCACCAGAGGUUACACAAGGAAGAUGGAUCUUGGGGCUACAAUUGUCCAGAGUGUGGGAAAACCUUCUCUCAGAGUUCAGACCUUGUGAAACACCUGAGAGUCCACACAGGCGAGAUGCCGUACAGCUGCCUCUACUGUGGGAAAAAAUUCCGGUACAUUUCAAACCUGAAUAGGCACAGAAGGACCCACACUGGGGAAAAGCCCCACGCUUGCCGGCAGUGUGGUGAAUGUUUUAGCCACUUGUCCAGCCGGAACAUGCACGAGAGGGUUCACACAGGCGAGAGACCGUAUGGGUGUGCUGAAUGCGGGAAGAAGUUCAUUUCUAGCUCUAAGCUUAUUAGGCACCUGAGAAUCCAUUCAAAGGAAAUGUCUUAUAUUUGUAGUGAGUGUGGGAAAAACUUCCCUUGCCAUCUGAACCUCAUGAGACACCAGCAAGUCCACAGGGCUCACAACUCCCUUGUAAAGGAGGAGUCGAGUUGUUGA